CUGAGAGCGGUGGGAAGAGAAAAGAGAGCGAUCACCAUCACCUUAGUUGUGCCUUCUAUAGCCUUUAUAUAAUAUAUAUUCUAUACACACGCACAAGCAAUCUCAGUGCUCAUCAUCCCCAUUAUUCAAAAGCAAACUCUCUGUGUUAGGGUUUCUAUUUCAUUCACAAAUGGAGAAAAUCAGAAGAGCAUCGCAUGCAGGUUCAUGGUACACUGACAAUCCAAAAAAAUUAACGGAAGAGCUUGAUAAAUGGCUUGCUGCAUCUGGCCUGGCAAAAUCUCCUGAUGUUCGAGGUGUGAUUGCUCCUCAUGCAGGGUAUUCUUAUUCAGGUCGUGCCGCAGCCUUUGCAUUUGCAAACAUAGACCCAGAAAAAAUUUCUCGGGUGUUUCUUCUCGGUCCAUCUCACCACUAUUACACUCCAAAAUGUGCUCUCUCAAGGGCCACAGUUUACAAGACACCAAUAGGGGACCUGCCUAUUGAUCUGGAAGUCAUUGAGGAGCUAAAAGCUACUGGGAAUUUUGAAUUGAUGGAUCUUCACGUUGAUGAGGCUGAACAUAGCAUGGAAAUGCACUUGCCAUAUCUUGCGAAAGUGUUUCAUGGGUACACUGUAAAAAUUGUACCCAUUUUGGUCGGCGCUCUUAAUGCUGAAAAUGAAGCCAUGUACGGACGGAUGUUAGCCAAAUAUGUAGAUGAUCCAAAUAAUUUCUUUUCUGUAUCCUCAGAUUUUUGUCACUGGGGCUCCCGGUUCAAUUACACGCAUUAUGACAAAAAACAUGGAGCUAUCUACAAAUCUAUCGAGGCCUUGGACAGGAUGGGCAUGGAUAUAAUAGAAACCGGAGAUGCAGAUGCAUUUAAAAAGUACCUGUUGGAGUUUGAUAACACCAUUUGUGGACGCCAUCCAAUUAGUGUUUUUCUCCAUAUGUUGAGGAACUGCUCCAUAAAAACAAAGAUCAAGUUUCUUCGAUACGAACAAUCAAGUCAAUGCAAAAGCAUGAGAGACAGCAGUGUCAGUUAUGCAUCUGCAGCAGCAAAGGUGGAUGCCUAAAUUUGUAAGAACUCAUGCAUAAAAUGUACCUGCAUAGGAGGGGAGGGGGUAUCAGUUUGAAGUUCUCUUGCAUUGAUUGUAAUAUCUAGCCUUAUUACCCUCUUUUGCAAAAACACAUCUUUAUCUUGGAUUCCUAGUUAAUUCAUUUUCAUAUUAAUGACUUCAUCAUGCAAUUGGAUGUUCUUGAUUUUCCUUGUCUUGCAA